AUGGCUGUAACUAUUUUAAAUGUUCUGAUAAGGAUAUCUCUUCUGCACAACGCUGUUGCAACGUUCCCGAAAGCCAACCUUUAUCGGAACCUAAAGCAACAAACUGCCUUUGGGAAUUUUCAACUAUACCAACACCAGAAGUUAGUAGGAACUAAGAUCGCCUCUUCCCUUGUUUCAGACAUAAUUGACUGCACGUUCAACUGUGUAAGUGAGACCCUGUGCAAAUCGUUUAACAUCGCGGCCAGUCCUGACUCUGAAAAUCUUUAUUUGUGCGAAUUGCUAAACAUCGACAAACAUAGAGUUUCUAUAGAUAAUCUUCAAGUGAAUCUCGCUUUUAAUCAUUACAGCCCUUGGGUAAGUUGAAUGUUUUAGUUUUUCUAAUAUGCUACAUUGUAAAGCUGAGUAACUCAAACCUGCAAAUGAACGUGUAAACAAUGAUGGCUUCUAGAAUGAAGAACUUGAAAGAGAUCCAUUACGAAUGCUUUUAGUAAUUUAGGAUCUAAAUAUGUCAGCAAUUCUCUUUUACGUUGAUGAAAUUAUCCCACUGUUAUUCCUUUGUCCCUAUUUAUUGUAAGAAAACUUGCUCAAUUUCACAUUGUUUUAUUGGUUUGACUAAAUUCUCUACUCGCGGUUCCCUAAUUAAAUAUUAGUGAUGAUAAGUUUUUCAGAGACUUUACCAUGCAAAUUAACCCACUGAAAAUCGCAGCUUUACUCAAAUCCAGUGGCGCCACUAUCAAAAAAGCGACGCAGUAGAGCCCCGAAAAAAAAAUUGCAGUAAAUACAAGAAUGCAGUGGUGGAACGCGUCACCUUAAAAAUCAGCGGUCUCAACCUUUAUGAUCAAUGUUUUUCCAUCCAACCAACCAUUUCUAAACUAGUACUGGUGAAGAAAGUCUAAUGUUCGGAAAGUUGAGAAAGAUGGUUAUCCAGUCAGUGACAGAGAUUCGAUUCCUAUUGGGAGAACUCGGAAUUUUCACUUCUUCACAGAGCCAACUUGUCAUUCAUGUCAGAUUCACCAGGCUUAAAACUCACCAUCGCUUUUCUAUCAUUGCCCGAAAAAUUGUAUUGUUUAUUUAAAAAAUGAACUCAGUUGAUAAAACCAAAACUUACAUGUGCAAAAGUUAAUAGGGUGCAGUCGCUAACUUUGUUUUCACUUCGUUUACCCAUAGUAUCCGUGCCAGCCAGGAUUAGUUGGAUUUAACUGCGAUCGUCAAGGUAAAGCAUCGGAGAUCGGAGAAUUCUCCGUCUACUACGCAUAAUACUCCGGCUAAAUUUCAAUGAAGUUAUGGCCAUUUUUUAUUCAGACGAAUAAAACGUGAAUACGAUAUGUUAAAAGAAAUUAUUCCCAGAAAUGCGUAAUUUUAAUGCCUAGCCACUUGCUUUACAUUCCUAAAUAGAUAACAAAUACAUAAAAUACCUUACCUAAAUGAUAGCAGUUUUAAGCCCAAUAAAACUAACAGGGGACGUGUAAAAUAUUAGACGGUUUUCUGAAGCGUGGAGAGUUGACUGUAUGCUAGAUGCGUUUUUGUUUGCACGUGAAAAAUUAUUACGAAUAAAUACUAAUGAAACAAAACUACCUAUCUUUCCGAAAGCCUAUAUUUAUUCAAUUAUUAUGCCGCGCAUUGAAAAACUGGGCACUCAUAAGUACUUGUUGCAAUUAAAGACUAUAGCAUUCUGGGAGAUGAAAGUCAUGGUGACGUGUGCAGCAACAUUGACGUUACCAUGGAAACCGAGGAUUGACAGCAGUGUUUAAAAAAUGUGCAUUUUUUCCUUUAAAAAGGAUUUAUACUGGUUUUAAACAAAAUGAAAUAGAUUUAAUUUAUUCAAAAUGGCGAAUCCAAGGUGACGGAUGAUUCUAGUUCCUUCUUUAAAAUAACCUGAGAUCAGGCCCAAUUUGAGCGGUUCUCAUACAUUCUCUCUACCGGCUACCGCUAAAAUUGGGCCUGAUCCAAACUCAUUCACGUUUGUGCUCGUUACGGCCAGAUUUUGGCCGUAACGCUGAUUGGCUGUUUGAACAAUGCCACAAGAUCUGAUUGGCUGUCGGAAACGCCGGAAGUUGAAAGUGCUUAUUCCUCGCGUGGUUUAUUCGUGAAUGAUCCGUCGUCGGCGGAGAGAAGGAUCGAUUUUGCUGUCUUUUUUAUUGUUUUAUGGUCUUAUGGUAGGAAAAUAUGCCUUAAUAUGUGCCAUGGAAAUUCAGAAAAUUCAUAUGGUUGUUCAUAUCUUCUCAGCAUUUGCUUUAUUUACGGAAAGUGAGUGUAUCGCGGAGUUGAAUCCCUCUGCAAGUUGUUGACCGCUAACAAGGUACCUUGUGAUUUACCAACAAACGGGUGCAAAUCAAAAUACUAUUCAUCUUAAAACUGGUUUCAUUUGAAAGUUUAGCCGGGAAUGACUUCUCUGAACGGGGUACGCGAGCGGAGGCUCACUGCGAAAGAAACCUCCAUCGCCAACUGUGAAGUAUUAGACGAAAAAUAUCGCAUCGCUGUUCGGGAAAUUUCAGUGUUAACAGACUGGUUGUUAAAAAAUAAACCAGGAAAACUGGUGUCCUCGCUCGUUGGCUUUUUUUUGUUUGUUUUUAACCUUCGAGAUCUCCCUUAAUCUCGCACGAAGCUAAAUGUGAUUGUGCUGACUGUUUUAUUUUCAGCUGAAAAAAAUAGGAGAUAAAAGCUAUUUUUUAAGUCAGCCAUUCUGCAUUUUUCCCACGCGUGAAAAAUUUGCAUACUAGAAAAACAAGCAACGGAAGUAAUUUUGGUUGGCUGAUUCGGCAAAUGUCAAUGAAUCAAAAAACUGGGCGGCAGACGUUUCGUAGAAGGUUUGUAUCAGGCUCUCUUUUCGUUUCGCCAUGCCCGCCAGAAUGUUAUUUACAAAAGCGAAACGAAAAUAGAGCCUGAUCUCAGGUUAUCUUUAAAAAUAAACGACGUCAUCAUGAUAUCCCUGCUUUUUGUAAAGUUCAUUAACGUCUUAGCGAACUUCUUGAUUUUGAUUAUUUUUCGCUUUAAGGGGAAAAACUGAUGGAAUUUAUAUUCUGCCAGUAAAUUCAACAAUAUCACUGGCACUAUCACUAUCAGCAUUAUGGUGCUCUCCUCUUCAAAGUUUCCUUACGCUCUUUCUUUCCAUUACUAACAACAGUGAUGAACUUCGAAAAACUGACUGAAAAACAAGUUUCAGUCGUUUUCUUUUUUAACUCAACCCCCCCCCCUCCCCCCCAACCACCACCACCGGUACCACCCCCGCUUCGUUUGAACUUUCUGUCCAAUAUUUCUCACUGUUUGAUUAUUAUCACUUUUGUCCAUCAAGGAAAAACAUGCAGUGAAAUAAAAUCGCACAGUCCACAAGCCACAAGUGGUUCUUACGUUAUUGAUCCUGAUGGUGAAGGAGGCUACCAGCCUUUCAGCGUCUUCUGUGACAUGACUGACAAGAACAGAGUUGGCGUGACAGUCGUUGGUCAUGACAGUGAAGAUAGAAUUUUGGUGAAAGGAUAUGAAGCUAAAGGAAGCUAUGUGCGUAAUGUUGUUUACAUAGGAGCCAGUGUUACUCAGUUAGCUGCCCUUGCAACUAACUCAACAAAUUGUGAGCAGUUUAUCAAGUACGAAUGUUACCACUCCACGCUUCUCAUUUAUGGAUACGGUUGGUGGGUAUCACGUGACAACAUUAAAAUAAGGUACUGGGGUGGUGCAACGCCGGCUGAUUCGAACAAGUGCGCAUGUGGGGUGACGAAUUCAUGUGUGGUCAGCAGUAGAGGAUGCAACUGCGAUAAAAAUGAUGCAAUAUGGCGCGAGGACAGCGGCCUUCUUACUGAAAAGUCUCACCUUCCCGUCACACAAUUAAGGUUUGGAGAUACAGGCAAUUCUGAAGAAUACGGUUACCACACUCUAGGAAAGUUCAAAUGUUAUGGUAUGACGUAA